UCUCUCUCGCCUCCCUUUUAAGACCAAACCUCUCUCUCUCUUCCUCUUUCCGCCAUUACCAGAGCUCAACGAGCUCCUCUAUUCUCUACACACUUCUUCUUAGAAGAGGCAAGAUCAGAUCUUAUUAUUUUAAAGUUAACAAUUAGUUUCAAGAUGCAGACGACCAACGGCUCAGAUUCAUCGUUAGCAACUCCUGGAGGGACGACGCCUCCGCCGCCUCAGCAGUGGCAACAACAACAACAACAGCAGCAUUGGAUGGCGGCCAUGCAGUAUCCAGGCGCAGCGGCUAUGAUGAUGAUGCAGCAGCAGCAACAGAUGAUGAUGUAUCCUCACCAAUACGUUCCUUACAAUUAUCAGCAGCAUCCUCAGUUCCAAUACGCGUCGUAUCACCAGCAACAGGAACACAAGACACAUGAGCGUGGAUCUGGAGAUGAUGUGAAGACUCUUUGGAUUGGUGAUCUUCUUCAUUGGAUGGACGAGACUUAUCUCCACACCUGCUUUUCUCACACCGGCGAGGUUUCUUCUGUGAAAGUGAUUCGUAACAAGCUAACAUGUCAAUCAGAAGGGUAUGGUUUUGUUGAGUUUCUUACACGAGCUGCAGCUGAAGAGGUUCUUCAGAACUUUAACGGUUCAGUAAUGCCAAACUCCGAGCAGCUCUUCCGUCUAAACUGGGCAUCUUUUAGCACUGGUGAGAAGAGAGCAGUUGAGAAUGGUCCAGAGCUAUCUAUAUUUGUUGGAGAUUUGUCUCCGGAUGUGACUGACACUUUACUGCAAGAGCUCUUUGUUGAGAGAUAUCCAUCUGUCAAGAGCGCUAAAGUUGUGAUCGAUUCCAACACCGGCCGGUCCAAAGGUUACGGUUUCGUUAGGUUUGGUGAUGAAAGUGAGAGGUCAAGGGCUUUGACUGAAAUGAAUGGAGCUUAUUGUUCCAACAGGCAAAUGCGUGUUGGUGUUGCUACCCCUAAAAGAGCCGUUGCUAAUCAGCAACAACAUUAUUCUUCACAAGCUGUGAUUGUGGCUGGUGGAAAUGGAGCUAAUGGUGCAAUGCCUCAUGGCUCACAGUCUGAUGGCGAAUCAAACAACUCAACAAUAUUUGUUGGUGGCAUUGACCCUGAUGUUACUGAAGAAGACCUUAGACAACCUUUUACACAGUUUGGGGAGGUUGUUUCAGUGAAGAUCCCAGUAGGCAAAGGAUGUGGAUUUGUCCAGUUAGAUAACAGGAAGAGUGCUGAUGAUGCCAUCCAGAGUUUGAACGGGACAGUCAUCGGCAAGAACACUGUCAGACUCUCUUGGGGUAGAACCCCAAACAAGCAGUGGAGAGGAGACUCAGGGCAGCAGUGGAAUGGAGGAUACUCACAACGAGGACAAGGUUACAACAAUGGAGGAUAUGCUAACAACCACGAAUCCAACAACUAUCCUACCGAGUCUUGAAGACAAAAAGAGGCUCAAUUUUAUCAUGGCCACGGUGGCUUAAGCCUCUGUGAGAUUUCACACAUCAAAUCAAUGCUAAACUUGUAGUGGAAAAGAAGAAUUUUUCUUAGAUUGGAUUUGAUUUUUAUAGACUUAUGCUGUUGUUUGGAGAUUCAAAAAUUUUGGUUACUACUGGGUUGUCUCGUACUAACAUAAAUGUUUGUUGC